UGAAUGAGAGAGAUUUCAGUGUCGCUAAGAAUGGCAAAGUGUUUAGGGGUGCUAGUACUGGCUCUCGCGGCGCUGGCCCUUGAUGGCGCCGACGGGACCCACGAGCAGCAAGUGGUGUGUUAUUUAGCCUCGUGGUCCGUGUACCGGCCUGGCGCGGGAAAAUUCAACAUUGAAGACAUCGACCCGACGCUGUGCACGACCCUUAUCUACGCUUUCGCUGGAUUAGAUGAGAUAACUUUUGCCAUGAAGCCUAUCGAUCCGAGAUAUGACGUCAGAGGCAGAGCCAUCGAGCGCACGGUGGGCCUGAAGGCGCAGAACCCGCAGCUGAAGGUGGUGGUCGCCGUGGGAGGAUGGACGGAAGGCUCGACCAAGUACUCGAGUAUGGCGAGGAACAGCACAGCGAGGAGAGCCUUUAUCGAGUCGGCGGUCGGGUUCAUACGGCAGCACCGCCUCGACGGCCUGGACCUCGACUGGGAGUACCCGGCCACGAGAGGAGGCGUCCCGGCCGACAGGGAGAAUUUCGUCCUUCUAGCCAAGGAACUCAAAGAAGAAUUCUCUAAGUACGGCUGGAGCCUGACCGCCGCCAUGGCAGCCGACAAGGGGAUCGUCGGCGUCGCUUACAAUAUCCCGGAACUUUCCCAACACCUAGACUUCAUGCACAUCGCGUCGUACGACUACCACGGCAAAUGGGACGGUCGGACGGGCCACAACUCGCCCCUGUACCCGAGGGACGAUGAGAGCGCGGAGGACAAGAUGCGCAACGUGGAAUACACCGUCAAGAUGUACCUCGACGCAGGAGCACCUCCAGAGAAGGUGGUCCUUGGCCUAGGAUUCUUUGGCCGAUCCUACCUCCUUCAGGAUCCAGCUAGCAACACCAUCGGCGCACCAACACUUCCUUCGGCCUUCGCUGGACCUUAUACGAAGGAGGACGGCUUCCUUGGCUAUAAUGAGAUUUGUGAGAAACAAACCACCGAGCAAGGACAUUGGACCCUGGUCUGGCAUAAGAGCCACCAAGUUCCAUACAUGUAUCGGGACAACAUGUGGAUAUCCUUUGAUGACACAAUCUCCGUUGGACUCAAGGUCGCUUUUGCACAGAAACUUGGAUUGGGCGGCAUUAUGGUUUGGUCUGUUGAUACGGAUGAUUUCAACGGUACUUGCAGUCAGACAGGGAUGAAAUAUCCUCUCUUAAACGCAGUGAAGAAAGCCUUGUCAUCUCACACAGCCAUGAGACCUGCUUCAAGUAUCAAUGACAGCAUUUCAGAACACCAUCUUGAACAAGAACCACAAGCUGUUCCAACUGACGGCACUGUAUCGGAACUUGAACUCGAACAAGAAACACACGUUGUUCCUGAUAAUACUAGUAUAACUGAACUUGAACUUGAAGGAGAACCUCAAGGUACUUCAGCCAACAGCAGCAUAUCUGAAAUAACACUUGAACAAGAACCACAUGAUGUCCCAGACAACACCAGUGUAUCUGAACCACAAUUUGAAGAACCACACAGUGCUCUGGACAGUGCUAGCUUAUCUGAACAAGCUCUUGAAGACCCACAAGCUGUUUUAGUCAACGAUAGUAUGUCUGAUGUAAAAUCUGAAGUAUCACAAAGUGUUCUGCCAGACGGCAUUGUAUCUGAGAUCAAACCUGAAGAACCCCAUGGCGUCUUAGCUGAUGACAGUUUAUUGGAGGUGAACCCUGAAGAACCACAUAAUGUUUCAGUUGAUGGCAUUGCAUCUGAGGUGAAACCCAAAGAAGCCCAUGCUGUUCCAGUCGACGGCAGUGCUUCUGAGAUGAAACCAGAUGAAACCCAUGCUGUUCCAGUCGACGGCAGUGCUUCUGAGAUGAAACCAGAUGAAACCCAUGCUGUUCCAGUCGACGGCAGUGUUUCUGAGAUGAAACCAGAUGAAACCAAGCUGUUCCAGUCGACGGCAGUGUUUCUGAGAUGAAACCAGAUGAAACCCAAGCUGUUCCAGUCGACGGCAGUGUUUCUGAGAUGAAACCAGAUGAA